GUGGUGUACCAGUCUUCUCAAAGUCUUCUCCUUUGAUAAGCUUUUACAUUUCCAAGAACGACUUCAUGAAUAUGUCUAACGGAUAUACAGUGUCGGACGAAAAGAACGCUGUCUUUGAAAAGUCCUCCAGCAUUACCAGUCUCUCUAACAAUGAACAUGAGGCUGAAAAACAAGAACCACACUUUAGAGCAACUUUAGAUCCAGUCGAUGAGGUUGACGCUGUCGUUGAUCCAUUUGCCUCUCAACUUGAAAAUAAUAACGAUGCGGUCAAUUUCCGUAACAUGGGAUGGAUUAGUGCAGGUUUGCUUAUUACUUGUGAGCAAGUCGCAUUAGGUAUCUUAUCAUUCCCAUCAAACUACCACCAGCUUGGUAUGUUUGGUGGUGUUUUCUCCACUUUUUGCAUCGGUAUGCUCUGUUGGAUCACCGGUAUCUGGCUUGUAGAAUUCAAGAAGAAAUUCCCUGGUUGCCUUAACUAUGGUGACGCUGGUAGAAUUAUGUUUGGUCGAGUUGGUGGAAUUAUCUUUGGUUACGGUCUUGUUUUGAAGUCUAUUUUCAUGGCUGCUAGUCACGUUCUCUCAGGUGGUAUCGCUUUUAGAAAAAUGAUCGAUAACAACGCAUUGGUUUGCAGUAUCGUCUGGACAGUCGUUAUGGCAGUAGUAUCAUUCCUUAUGUCACUUUCACGUAGAAUGGAAAAACUUACUGCUCUUUCAAUUGCCUCUGUCACAGCUAUUCUUACUGCAUCAUUCAUCACUGUUAUUGCAACUGGUGUACAAGAUAACACUAGACUCAUUCCAGAAGGUGGUGAGCCAGUUAAAUGGUAUGCAUUCGAAAACCACGGUUUGAUCGGUACAAUUAGUGCUCUCACUGAUAUUAUUUUCGGUUGGGGUGGUCAAGCUAUUGUUUUGACUGUUGUUAGUGAAAUGAAGAGACCAGACGACUUCAAAAAGAGUUUGGGUAUUGUUCAAGUUCUUUCCAUCACCUUCUACACUAUUGUUGGUGCAACAAUCUACUCAUUCGGUGGUCAAUACGUAACUUCACCAUCGCUUACAAUGACUGCACGUCCAGUCAUGAUUACUGCUUAUGCUAUUGCUCUCAUUUCUAUCUUUGUCGCUGGUGUUGUUCCUGUUGCUGCCGGUGCCAAGCUCGUUUACGUUCAAGCUUUCAGACACUCAAAGAGAUUAACUGAGAAGUCUUGGAGAAUGCGUUUUGCCUGGAUGGGAAUUGUUGGAUCAUUCUGGAUACUUGGAUGGGUCAUCGCGAACCUCAUUCCAUUCUUUAGUGAAAUGCUUUCAAUUAUUAGCUCAAUUUUCAGUGUCUGGUUUGCACUUGGAUUGCCAGGUAUCUGUAUCUUGCAUUUGUACAGGAUCAACAACGCAAGCUGGCGUGAAGUAUUCACCUGGAAGCGUAUUCCAGUUAUUGCACUCGCAGUCUUAUGCAUCUGCUUUAGUGCAGUCAUUACGCCACUUGGUAUUUACUCAGCUGCUGAAAAGAUCAAGGAAGGUUAUUCAAGUGGAGAAUUCGGUGGUCCAUUCACCUGUGCAUCCUAAGUACAUUAUUGCUUGAAAAUAAGAUAUCAUGACACGCAACGAAGAUUAUAAUUAUAGACAGAAAGCAAGGAUUGCUUGAAUAAUACAUUACUGAUUCAUAGAUUGGGAUAAUUGUUUAUCAUGUAAAUUUACUAUACAAUUAACAACGU